CAAAGGUAUUGGAUGAGAAAAAUGAUCAUGUAAAUGACGCAAAAGACUUGGAAUUUGGAGGAUUCGGAGGCAGAUUUGGAGGAGGAAAUGGUGGAAAUCCUGGCGGCGGUAAUGGUGGUUUUGGAGGUUUUCCAGGUGGAGGAUAUGGUGGAAUCCCUGGUGGCGGUAACGGUGGUUUUCCAGGAGGAGGAUAUGGUGGAAUCCCUGGCGGCGGUAAUGGUGGUUUUCCGGGAGGAGGAUAUGCUGGAAUCCCUGGCGGUGGCAAUGGUGGUUAUGGAAGUUAUCCAGGAGGAGGAUAUGGUGGAUUUCCUCACAACUAA